AUGGGUAAUAGCUUGAAAAGAAAAAAAAAAGGUACUGCUCAAGUUGCUCCACAACAAGGCCUAGUAUAUUCAUAUCCUAAACAACAACAGCAACAACCAGUUCAAUACAAUUCAGCUUUUGUUCAACAACAACCACAAGCAACUUUUCAAGGUGGAUUACCGUACUCAUCACCAUUUAUUACAAGUCAAACAACAUAUGGAAAUGAUAUUUUUGUUUCAAGUGUAACCGGUUGGUCUGUACAAGAUAUUGAACGAUUACGACAAGAUUAUUUAAAUUAUACUAAUCAAUAUGGUAUAAUAGAUCGUGAUGGGUUUCGAAAACUUUAUAUUGCUUCAUUACUUAAUACGUCAUGGCCAGGACUUGAACAUAAAUCUGAAGCAGCUUUUCAUUAUUUUGAUGUUAAUCACACAGGUGCACUUGAUUUUGAUGAAUUUAUUAUGGCAUAUUUACGUAUGGCUAGAGGAAUGAAAUGA